GUUCGGUCCCGGCCAGCUUCAUAUUUACUCCACUUUCCCCCGACAGUGGUGUCUCUCCCCGACAACAAUCCAGCGUCGCAUCGAGUUACUGCGAAAGGAUCACCUCCCGGAGACACCUCUCGGAUCGCGGAUUAUUUCUCUCUCGACUAAGGGACGGACAAACCCUUAAGUGCGCGCGCAAUCAGGGAAAUUGUCGACUUGUGGACUUAAGCACACCCUGGCAUGUUCGCAUUGACCAGUAGCUACAACCCGACACAACUUCUACUUUAGAUCCGCGGGCAGGGAAUCUUUCUUCCUUUCCAAGACGGACACCCCAAUCGACAAAACUCGCUUCCCGCGCAUUCGCCGCCACCAUCGAGCUUCGAAGAUCGCAUUACCGAUUACUACGACGCGCCACCUCCACUUCACAGUCACAUGCUCGCAUACUAGGUAGUCGCAGGACCGACACACAUCUCGCGACGAGGCGAUCACCAGGAUAACCAUGUCAUAUCAGGGACGUUCCUUCGCCACGAGCCCAUUUCAGGAUAAUCGCUCCCGCUCCAACCAAGGCCUUGCUGGACUCGGCCUCUCAACUGGCCCAGCAGGCCUCUCGAACAAAGUGGUGGGCGGAUAUUUCGAAAGUCACGAUCGCACGCUCCCCAUGUACAAAGACAAGCCAUACUUUACGCCGAAGCGCACGGCUCCGCGGAGACGAUGGAGACCUUUGUUUGUGCUGGGGGUGUGCGUGUUGACGUUCUUGUGGUACUAUAAGUCAUCGAUGCCCGUCUGGCAGGGCUCAGAAUCGUCGGAUGUCGCGGCUGAGCUCUGGAAAUGGGCGCAGACUCUUGAUGACGAGAGUCCUAAGUCGGAUGUCGAUUGGAACGAGCGCCGGGAGAAGGUGCGGGAUGCAUUUGUUAUUAGUUGGCAAGGAUAUGAGAAGGAUGCUUGGGGCUCGGACGAGUACAACCCGGUUUCGGGCCGAAGCAGAAACAUGAUCGAAGGUGGCAUGGGCUGGAUCAUCGUUGAUGCGCUGGACACUAUGAUGAUCAUGAAUUUGACCACCGAGGUGCGCCAUGCGCGGGAGUGGAUUUCCACUUCGUUAAAGUAUAAUCAAGACCACGAUGUGAGCACCUUCGAAACGACCAUUCGUAUGCUGGGAGGCCUCCUCUCCGCACACCAUCUGUCGACGAAAUAUCCGGACCUCGCCCCAAUUGCGGAUGACGAUGUCGGCGCCGCUGGCGAGGAUUUGUAUAUUGAAAAGGCGACUGACCUCGGAGACCGCUUGCUUGGAGCAUUCGAGUCUCCCUCUGGCAUUCCCUACGCCAGUGUGAACCUGAAUAAGUCGGAAGGCUUGCCAUCCCACGGUGAUGGGGGUGCCUCUUCUACCGCCGAGGCAACUUCGGUCCAGCUUGAGUUCAAGUAUCUGGCGAAGCUGACUGGCGAGGCCGAAUACUGGAGGGUCGUGGAGAAGGUUAUGGAGGUUAUUGAUGGGCAGCACCCCCCGGAUGGUCUCGUUCCUAUAUUCAUCAAUCCCAAGACGGGUCACUUCCAUGGCGAGAAUGUUCGUUUGGGUAGCCGGGGUGAUUCGUACUACGAGUACCUUAUCAAGCAGUACCUCCAAACAUCCGAGCAGGAACCUAUCUACAAAGAACUGUGGGAUGAGUCUUUGGCUGGAAUUCGCAAGCACCUGCUUGCCUUCUCCCAAAACGCACAGUUGAUGGUCCUAGGAGAGCGGCCCAACGGUUUGAAGGAGGUCCUCACCCCUAAAAUGGACCACCUGGUGUGCUUCCUCCCCGGAACAUAUGCUCUUGGUGCUACAGGUGGUCGGCCUCUGGCAGAGGCGAGAAAAUCUGCGGAUUGGUCUCAGCAGCGUGAGGAGGAGAUUUUUAUCUCCAGGGAAUUGAUGAAGACCUGCUGGGCAACAUACCUGGCAACCGCGACUGGCCUUGCGCCGGAGAUUUCCCACUUCAUUCUCGACUCCCCACCUGUCAUGAUGGGAGACAAGUAUCCCGAUCCCAAGUCUGCCUCCGGAACUGCACUGCAUGAAUUAAAACCAAUCUCUCUGCCGCUCUCACCCCAGGCUGAUGGCUCCGAGCCCUGGCGCAAGGACAUUGAGAUCCACAAUAUGGAUCGCCACAACCUGCAACGACCAGAGACAGUCGAAUCCCUCUUCUACAUGUACCGCAUCACUGGCGACGAGAUCUACCGCGAAUGGGGUUGGGAAAUGUUCAAAGCAUUUGUCAAAUACACCGCCGUGGUCGAGGGAGAAGAGUCUGAACUGGCGGAGGGCGAGACCACUAUCAAACGGAUCAAGGGCUUCACUUCCUUGUCCAACGCCAACACGAUCCCACCCACCACGCGCGAUAAUAUGGAGAGCUUCUGGAUGGCCGAGACGCUCAAGUACUUCUAUUUGUUGUUCUCAGACCGGGACUUUAUUUCCCUCGAGGACCAUGUAUUUAAUACCGAGGCUCAUCCGCUGCCGCGGUUUAAGCCGACUGGUGACCUGAAGACAGGCUGGCAGCGGAAGCCAAAGGUCGCCGAGGCUGUUGAGGCUGCCGAGUAGCGACUGGCUGCUUGUUUUUAUUUUCAUUAGAUAUCGGCGUUCGUCUUUUUUGUAACUUCUUCACCAGCAUUGACAGCCUAUUGACAUGUACUUAGGUGUAUUAUCUUGAGAUUGGAGACAAUUGGAGAAGCCCCAACACAGGGUUCGAUGUUCUUGAUCAUCCAUUUUCCAUAGUUCAUUAUAGAGAACGCGAGAUGAUCUGUCUUGAAAUAUAUAAUCAAUGCUAUGUAUCACCAUGCAAAAAGGACAAUGUAUGUCGCGCCCCAAUUACUCCCGCUCCAAAGCAGCGUCAAUCAACUUCUUAAAGCCUGAAACUGCAUCCUUAACGUCCCGCACAGUGAGAGCUUCAUUAUCGCCAUGAGCAACAAAGAUGCUACCAGGUCCGUAGAGAUAACGCUUCACACCAUCGCGCACCUUCAAGUUAGGCACGUCCGUGCCAUAGUUAACAGGCAUAACCUCGAAACCAUCCACAUCAGUGUCCAGGUCUUGAGGAGCGUAUGACUCAUUGUGAGUGGAAAAGUCAACCACAACCUCGGCCUCGACGUCGCGAGUAGCAUCCUCCACAGCUCGACGAAUAAUCUCCCGCGCCUCUUUCGGUGUACCAGCUGCCAGACGAACGGCGACAUCCGCGCGCGCAGAGGCGGGGACAACGUUCGUUGCCACACCCGCACGAAUCGUACCGAUGUUCAAAGUAGUCGGGCCAUACUUAGACGACGAAGGCAAUCCACCCUCGCUAACGGGGAUAUUACCCAGCUGAUCCACGCGGCUCAAUGCCGGCAGAAUGCCCGAGACGGCGCUCUUACCGAGCCAAGGGUACCCCGAGUGCGCGGCUUUACCGUGAGCCACAACUUCGAAACCUAGCAUUCCCUUGUGUCCGGACACGAGCUUGGCUUCAGUUGGCUCGCCGAAGAUAACGGUAUGGUAGGCGCUGUCCUUGUUCAGGUCUGAUUCGGAAAAGGCCUUCAUGCCGUCUCCGCCGAUUUCUUCGCCGACGACGAAGAGCAGCGCUAGCUUUGCAUCUGGGUUUGACUCUAGAGUCUCCAGGACGGCGAAGACCUGCGCCGCAACGCUACCCUUUGCAUCGACCGAGCCUCGACCCGCGAGAAUCAGGUCGUCAGGGCUUGAUCGCAGACUCGCGGAUUCGGGCUGAUGCGCCGAGUAUGGGAUAAAGGGUGGGACUGUGUCGAUGUGGCUCGAGACCAGGAUUGAAGGGGACUCUUGGAGAGAGGAAGGAUAGGCGUAGAUAUUGUAGCGAGUUUUGGGGGUCUCCUCAUCAUCCUCGUUCUCCUUCUUUUUCACAGGGGCAACCUUCUGCUUGACGACGGUGAAGUUCUUGGCCUCGAGGAACUCGGCAACGAAGAUACCCACAUCGUGCUCGUUGCCGGAGAUAGAUUCGAUAUCGACCAGAUCUCGGUGGAAUUGAAGUAGCGGGUCACUGGCGAUCAAUUUGUCGAUGCGAGCUUGCUCGAAUUCUUCAAUGCUGCCUUGAGAUGGUGGCAGCGAGCUUCCGAGCGACUGCUGUUGCCGGUAUGCGGGGUGCGGAGAAGCAUUCGUAACGGCUACAGCGGUUGCGGCCGCCAGAUACCUGGUGAACUUCAUUGGGUUCGAAUUUGGCGUGGUGAAACUGUAUGAGGGGCUGUUUUCUGCGAUCCUACUCGAAGAUUCUUGAUAUCUUAUGAGUCAG